CUUGUAUAAGAGAGGUGAAGUGUUGUUUCACAAAUGGCAGGAGCAAGCAGGAAAAUAUCUGCUGCAGCAGCAAGGUCUCAUACCAGAAAAUCAAAGCAGAACUCGUUCGAAGUUUCAUCAGGUAUGUUUCGGACGAUAUCAUUAGUUUUAUUGAUGGGAUUUAUGGCAUGGACUUAUCAAACCGUUCAACCUCCACCACCCAAGAUUUGCGGUUCUCCAGAUGGCCCAUCUGUUACAGCAUCAAGAAUAAUGCUCAGUGAUGGAAGAUUUUUAGCUUACAAAGAACAUGGGGUAUCAAAAGAUCAAGCAAAAUAUAAGAUUAUCUACAUUCAUGGGUUUGAUUCCUGCAGACUUGAUUCCAUGCCCUUAUCUCAGGAGUUGGCUAAAGAACUAGGCAUCUACAUGGUGUCUUUUGAUAGAGCUGGGUAUGGUGAGAGUGAUCCAAAUCCAAAACGAACUGAGAAAAGCACAGCUUUGGAUAUUGAACAGCUUGCUGAUCAGCUGGGUCUGGGGUCCAAGUUUUACGUAAUUGGAUUCUCUAUGGGAGGUCAGGCAACUUGGGGUUGCCUCAAGUACAUUCCUCAUCGAUUAUCAGGAGCAGCGCUACUUGCACCGGUUGUCAAUUACUGGUGGCCAGCCUUUCCAGCCAAUGUAUCAAAAGAAGCCUACAAUGAACAACUUGUGCAGGACCAAUGGGCACUUCGGGUAGCUCAUUACGCCCCAUUACUCACUUACUGGUGGAACACUCAAAAACGGUUUCCUCCUUCUAGUGCAGUUGCUCACAAUCCUGCUAUUUUUUCACGCCAAGAUAAAGAACUCUUCCCCAAGUUAGCCGAGUGGGUAAAACAUGCGGCACAAAUAAGGCAGCAAGGUGAUUUUGAGUCUCUCCAUCGCGAUUUGAUUGUUGGUUUUGGAAAUUGGGAGUUUGAUCCGAUGAGUGAUAUUGAGAACCCUUUUCAGAACAACGAAGGUAGUGUUCAUGUCUGGCAAGGAGAUGAAGAUUUGCUCGUGCCUGCUUCCCUUCAACGAUACGUUGCAGGAAAGCUUCCAUGGGUUCACUACCACGAGCUUACGGGUGCAGGGCAUAUGUUCCCUUUUGGUGAUGGUAUAAGUGAUGCUAUCUUAAAGGCACUCUUGCUUGGAGAGAAGUAGAGAUAACAGCUAGUUGAAAUGAUACUUAUUAUUCUAGCUCAAUGUAAUACUCUUUCGUCUUUGGACGAGAUUUUGGUGUCUUAGUUUUUUCAUGUUGCUGUCUUAGUUUUUGCCGAAUAUCUGUACCACUGACUUUGAUUUAUGAGUUUUAUUGUGGUGCUAUAUGUAGAGUGAAUCUAAUAUGCUAAUAAGGUAAGCAGGUAAUGAGCUACACAGCUUUUCAUCAUU